ACCUUUCUCUUUUCUUUUCACUGUUGGGCUGCCCGGUAGCGCCCCUGGACUUUUCCGACCCUUCCUCUCGUUUCUUUCGUUUUCUAUCCAGCAGGCUGUCGCUUUCGGUAUCAAUCCAAGAUGAAGUUCUCCACACAAGCAUCUCUCCUCUCCAUUGGCCUUGUUGCCCCUUUCGCAUCAGCAGCUCCGUUCAGACGUGCUGCCGAUGCGAACACCAUGCUUGUCCUCCAGUUCGCCAAUGUUCUUGAGCAGCUGGAGACGCAGUUCUACAGCCAGGCCCUUUCCACUUUCCAGGCCUCCGACUUCACCACUGCAGGAUUCACGGACGCGCAAAUCCCCAUCGAACAAUUCACGGCAAUUUCUAUUGACGAAUCCACGCACACAACCGUCCUCACCCAGGCUAUCACGGAUCAAGGCGCUACGCCUCUCGCGGGCUGCUCCUUCGACUUUUCCUCCGUCCUGACGGAUGUGACGACUAUGGCUACGACUGCACGGUUGGUCGAGAAUGUCGGCGUCGGAGCAUACCUCGGCGCUGCUCACCUUGUCACUGACCCGGUUCUGCUCACUGCUGCUGCGUCCAUCAUGACCGUCGAGGCUCGCCACCAAACCAUGCUGAACGUCCUUACUGCCAGUGGCACCGCCAUUCCUCAGGCUUUCGACAUCCCGUUGACACCUCCUGAGGUUCUUGCUAUCGCUGGUGGCUUCAUCUCUGGAUGUGAUACUGGCGUCACAGCCAACCCGUCACUUGCGGUCACCAACACUGGAUCUGUCAGUGCUGGUACUUCGUUGACCUUCUCGACCGCUGCCAUCAACGGCUCCAGCGACACCUCCAACUUUGCAUGCCAAAUGCUCACAGGUGGUGCCUCUUUCGCCAUCGCCCUCCCGCUCAGCGCCUGCGUCGUCCCACAAGGCCUCACCGGCCCCGUCGCCAUCUUCAUCACCUCCGACAUGGACCCCCUCGCAGGUGACCCCAUCGACCGUGCCACCUCUCAACUCGUCGCAGGUCCCACCAUGGCAUUCCUCGACACCACACCCCAAACGAUCAACUCCCUCGUCCGCUCUUCCUCCGGCUCCUCUUCCUCGGGAAGCUCUGACGCUUCUGCUGCCACGACGGCCGUUUCGACCUCGACUAUCGAUGUCGCAUCCGCAAGUGCUGUGGUCAGCAGCGCAGAAGCUGCCGGUGCGACUGUCGUUUCGGCUGCGAGCGCCACUGCGACUGGAACGACGUCGGUGGCUGCGAACGCGGGACAGUUUGACGUCGUGGCCUUCCCUGGGGGUCCGAAUGAGUACGUUGGCCCCUCGGCGGACGGGACGGUGUUCAUCAACGGGUGGAGCUCCUCGCCGUUGUCAUGAUCUUUGUGAAACGUCCUGUGAACGGGGUGAUGGUCGGGGUGGUAGGGAAUCGGGAUAGUGAUGGUGGCGGACUACGGACUCUUUACUGGAUGUGCGCGAUGGACCGUUCUUUGCCUCUUUGGAUACCGGACUUUGUCUUUUGUUGUUCUUUGUGUUCACGCAGUACAUUACAUGCUCACGCGUCCUUGUCUACUUGCUUUCGAAAUCGGAGGGGCGGACGAGUCUCUGUGGGACGUACGUGACCUUCGUUGUUUGUAUUAUGAUCGAUACCACUUUUUCCCCCUGUUGAGCGACUGUUUGUUGGGCUAUUUGGUUUGGUUUUAGGGUCGGUGGUGUCUUGUUUAUCAAUGGUAUAUCUUUCACGAGGGG